CUUUGAACGGGAUCUGCAGCAGCUGCAGAAACAGCCAGUAGCCCUGGAGUAUGAAGGAGUCUCACAGCUGCUGGAGGGAACUGGGAAGGUUCUGGGUGUUUUUUUUUCCUUGGAGUGAGAAGAUGUAAAUGGACAAGAGACAGACGUGUUGGAUUUAAGAAGUUACUUAGCAGAAAAGACCAUGGAGAACAAGACGAGUCCAAUGACGGUAGUCAAGAUACAUCUGGGGCCUGCACUUGCUGCCAUCUACUUGGUCAUCUUCAUCCUGGGGUUAUUCGGUAACGGACUGGUCAUCAUCAUCAUCUCAAAGUUUAAAUCCAAGCAGGGAAGUUCUGAUAAUUACAUCAGACACCUGGCCUUGGCAGACUUGCUGUUUGUGCUGACGUUGCCACUGUGGGCAACAGAAGCUUUGCUUCGAUAUCACUGGCCAUUUGGAUGGUUCCUCUGUAAGGUCAGCAGCUCCAUAGUACAACUCAGUAUGUAUGCCGGCAUCUUCCUCCUCACCUACAUGAGCUUUGACCGCUACUUGGCCAUCGUGCGGCGAAUGCCCAGCAGCCAGCGGUACUCGCAGAAGACCACGCUGGUCUCGCUGGGGUCCGUCUGGCUUUUGUCCUUCCUCCUGACCACACCCACAGCGCUCUUCCGCACCACUCGGACCACGCCCGAGAAUGAGACGUCGUGUAACAUGAACUUUAACCUCGUGCUGUCCGCACCAGAGCAGGAGAAUGCCUGGAUUGCUGGCUUGUUUCUCAUGCGUGUAGUGAUGGGAUUCCUGCUGCCUUUCAUGGGUAUCACAAUCUGCUACUGUUUCAUUGGCCGAGCCGUAAAUCACCACUUCACUGCUGUGCACCAGGAGGACCAGCAGCGUCGGCGGCUUCUGAAGACCAUCAGCAUCUUGGUGUUGGUGUUUUCCACCUGCUGGGCACCUUUCCAUGUCUUAAGUACUAUUUAUGCCCUAAUGCUUCAGCAGCUGUUACCAGACAGAAUGAAAAACUUUGUUGCUCCGGCAUUUUACUUGGCCACCUGCCUGGGCUACAUCAACAGCUGCCUCAACCCCUUCCUCUACGCCUUCUUUGACCUGCGCUUCCGCGCCAAGUGCCUUAGGCUCCUCCGCCUAAGGAAGGAUGCAGAGGGUUCUGCAAUCUCCCAGUCCAUCCAGAACCAGACCGCUGACAUCUCUCUCUGAAAGGAGGAGCUAGGUCCACAGAUGGUGCCACAGGCUAUUAUGAAGUAUAUAGAAAUUGCUUUAGGGCGAGUGGGAAAUGGAGUUUAGUUUCGUUCAUAACAAAGGUCUGUACUUAUAUAACGUGUUUGAAUGUAUUAAUUACCCAGAGGGCAAAUGGAAGCGUCAGUGUUCCCAUUGUAAAAGAAGCCUGUACAGUAUGAAUUACAGUGUGAAGAUGAUCUACAGAAUGCAGCUUCAAGUGAUUGUGUGCUUUUCCUUUGUUACUUUGUAUCUUUAGCACAAAUAUUAAAGCAGAGCAUGGAUUGUAUUAUUUUGUCUUGUCGUAAGUGGGUAGAUUGAUAUUGCACUUAGCUUGUAGCUUGGUUACCCUGGGUGAGGGGUUUUUGAAUUCAUUAAUAAAAUCACCUUAAACAAA